AAACUAUAUGCGUCACAAUAGCCGCAAUAGAGCGUGGUUAGGACUUCUUGUUAGCGUAAAAAAAUAGGGUAAGUCUUUAUUAUUCAAAAUUUAUUUUAUGUGGACGAGAAGCCUAACGUCUUUUGUAUGCAUAAUUCUAACAUAUUAAGUAUAUUAGAAUUAUGAGAACAGGACGAUUUCUUAGUUUAUCUAUUAAGUCAUUUAUUUUUGUAAAUUAUUUCAAAAUCAUGGUAAAGUAAGACGAAAACCGAUCGUUGAUGUUUAUGACUCAAAAGUCUCAAAUGUUAAUGAUACGAUACAAAAUGACAAAAAUAUUUCAGAACAUUUCGGAAAUUGAAACAUGUGUAGGGAAAGAAUCGUGAUUUUGACAACAUAUUGUAAAAUCAUCAAAAUCAAUAAGGAAAUUAAGUAAGUAAUUACUAAAGUUAAUUAUUUUUAAAUUAAAAUAAUUUUAAAUUAGAUGAUAAAAUUAUUAAUAUAACUAAUAAUUAUAUUACAUGAUAGAAUUAUUAAUAUAACUAAUUAAUAACUUUUCUUUUUAGAAAUAUAAAAAAAGAUAUGUUAUAGGAAUGUAACAAAAGAUAUAUUAUAAAUUCUUUAAGAAAGUAAGUACUAAUGAUCUUGUUUAAAAAGAAACAUAUUUUUCUUUAGUAAGUAUAAUAAUAUAACAAAAAUGAAAUAAAUAUUAAAAAUAUAUAAAUAUACAAUAUAUUAGCUAUAAUACUUAUUAAUAUUUUCAUUUACGUUUCAUUACGUAAUAUUUUACUUAAAUACAGAUACAUCCUAUUAGAUCUUUUAUGAAAUAUUUAUAAAAAUUCUAUCCCCUUUGAUGUUUCCAUCUUCCUAUGUACUUAUCAGAGAUUCAAACAUUUCCUUUAUGUCGUUAAUAGUAUUGAAGUAACUUAAAAUUAAGAAGAGCAGUUAGUAAUUAAAAAUUAAAGAUAAUUACAUUGAAAUAGAAAGAGAAAUUAAAUGUUGAAAUAUAUUUGUUAAUAAAAUUAUACAAUUAUAAAAUCAAAAUUAUAAGUGUAAUAAGCAAUACAUAAAAUUAUAAUGUAAAUAAAUAAUAUAUAGUAUACAUAGUAGAAAAAAUAAUUGUUUUUUUUCUUAUAUGCAAAUUAUACAAAUUACAUAAAUAAUAAAUCACAAGAGUCAAUCAUCUUAUUUCUCAAAAUUUUAAUAGUGAAAUAGUACAAUAAUUAUUUUUCAAUGAUUUAUGUAUUCAAGACAUUUUUGAUUUUCCCUACAAGAUGCAAAAGAAAUAUUUUAUUAAAGAAAUGUUUUAUUAAAAAGUUACUAUAAAUAUGAUUUAUUUUUCAUUCAGUAUGAAUAGAUGAGAAUUAACGAUGCUGAUUAACAUUUUUAGUCAUCAUUCUUUAAAUAUUACAUAAAUAAAUUUUUAAACUUUUAUUAUCUUUUUAAGCAAAAAUUAAUAUGAUUAUAUGAUCUGUGAAAUUCAUAAUGCAUUUAUUAAAAUUAAUGAAAAUCAAUAAGAAAUGAAUUACGUAAUAUAAUUCAUAGAUAUCAAUUUUAUAUAUGUAAAAAUGGAUAAUGCUUUAAAAUAGAUCAGUCAACAUCAUCAAAUUGUUUCUUUAGUUUCUUUAGUGAAUCAAGUAUUAUUUUGUAUUACUAUUGUAAUUUUUUCAUAAAACAUUUAUCGUGAAAUAUGUUCCUUUUUUUUUAUUUAAUUUGGACUGUAAUUGAUAUUAAUCCACUUUACUUAUAAAAUAGACUUUUGUAGAUUUUCAUCUAGAGAAUAGGCAAUAUUUAAUCUAUAUUUAAUAAGAAUAUUUUCUUUUUCUUCUCUUACAAAGCAGCCAAAUAUGAAUCUUAGGGUUUAAAGAUUAUUAUAUCAAAUAUCUUUUAAAUUAUGUUACAUUCAUUAUCAUAGUCCUCAGAAAUAUUUCAUUUGAUUUUUAAAUGGUAUGUUACCAAAUUCUAUACACAAUAUUACAGAUAAAAGUUAGAACAUCUGUAGAAAUCUUUUACUACUUGUAUGUAACAUGUACAUAUACUUGGUAAUACUUGGUUACCAUGAUUUGAAAGAUCAUUACUCCAUACAUUUAUUUAUAAUGCCCUUUUUAUUUAAUUAGUUAUUUUUUAAUAUAUUCAAAUAGUUAUUCUUACUAGAAGCGCAUUUUUUUGUUUUAUUUAUUUAAUACUUUAAUACUAAGAAGCAGUAACUGUAUAUAAUAGUUUAAUAAUAAAUAGUAUAACAAAUAAUAGUUUAAUAAUAAAUAGUAUAAUAAAUAAUAGUUUAAUAAUAAAUAGUAUAAUAUAUAAUAUACAGAAUGAAGCAAUUGAUUAUUUUGAACAUCUCCGUUUUUAAAGAUAUAAAAAAAAUUUUUAAACAAUUAUUUAAUAUAGAAGAGACCAUAAUAUGAAAGUAAUAAUUUCUUCUAACUGGAAAAUAGAAAAUCAUUUCAAAGUUACCUCCACUUUAUUUAAAUAAAAUGAUAUAUUUUUUUACUCCAUUAAUCGAUCAUACUCGACAUUCUCUAUACAAAAAUAUUAACUUGUGUAUGUUGAAAUAUUAUUAAUUCAGUAGAUAUUUUAAAUUUAUAAGGUUUAUUAUAUGAAAGACAAGGGAAGACAAUCGCAAUAUUCUUUAUUCAUAUUGUCCUUGUAUUUUAUGCAUAAAUUUAAAGUUAAUUUUAAUCCUUUGUCCUCGACAAACUAUUUUGUAUCAUCUACUUUUGUAUCAACAAUUUAUUUAUGAAGCAUCAUUACUUUGCAUUGGAGAUAAUAAUUCAAAUGGUAUUUAAUAAUGGUAUUUAAAGUUUUCACACUAAUAUGCAAAUGCAUAUUAGCACUUUAUUUGAAUGAGUAAAUAAACAUGACAAUUUCGUGUAAUAUUAUAAUAUUUACUCUCUUACUCUUGAGAUUCUGAAGUAUUAAAUAUAUGUGGCAACAUUUAGUGGGAUAAAAGUUAUUUUUUGAAACUGGCUUUUCAUUUCUUUGGUAAAUAAAUGAUUUUGUUUUAUUACAUGUAUCAUUUUUAGUCUAUUAACUGUAAUAAAAUGACUCAAUUUUGUGCUUUUUCAAUACGUAAUACACUAUGAUCUAAAAUGUUUUUAUCUUAUAAUAUUGACUAUAAACCUGUCAUUCAGUACUAAUCAACAAUUUUUUAUCAAUAAAGUUCAUAUUUGCUAGCAACUAAAUGAUAAUCGUUUGGUCGUUCUGCCUUUUGAAAUUCCCAAAUAGAAAAAUGUAUAAGAGAUAUAAAUGUGAUCUCACAAUUAUUUCUUGAGAACAGACCGCUGAUAUUUCAAACAUGAGACAAGUUAUUUGAAAGAAGGUGCAUUGAAUGAUUAGGUACAAUAGAAUUGACGUCGAAUGCGUAAAUCAGAGAAUUAUUAGUUAUUUUUAUAGGGGAUACGUUCUUCUGGCCUACUACCAGAAUCAAUAAAUAUAAUGUGAAGGAUGUAUUAUCGGGACGCGGUACCGUUAGGCCUAUAAAAUAA